GCAGCCACUAACGAGCGCUGCUCUGCACAGUGAGGCAAGCAAGCCCCAUGGCAAGCACAGGAGCCUGUCAAUUAAUAGCUAAACAGCAAUAACAGCUGUAAAUUGCAUCUAGCACAUUCCAAUCAUCUGUCCUUAUCUCGAACCCUUUGUGCCCAACCUUGGGUGCCAAAAGGGGCUGUUGUCUCUACCCCUGCCCAAACCAGCACAGUUAUCCUUCAUCUGCUUCUGUCUCUUCAGUUCACAGGAGUGGACGCUGAACAGCAGUGAGAUACAGAGGGUGCAGGGUGAUGGAGGUGGGAAGGACUGCGAUGAUGCUGAAAAUAGAGGAUAUGGUCAAGUGAGGUAACAAUCGACAUUAAAGAAGAAAGAGUACUUUAUUAAAAGGGAAGCUUAAAAGGGAAGAACUUGUUUGGCAUUAUGUGCAGCAGAUGCAGUGUACGUUCUGCAACGGCUAUGGGAGCUGAGAUUGAAGUGGGUUUGACUUUCUGCAUGUUGUCAAAAGCCUGCAGACUCUUUCCCAUGCCAGAAGCUCACCCUACGUGGACACUCUUGGAUCAGUCCAGCCUGUUCCCAUCUCCAUCAGCCGCUUUCUGCUCCUGCCAAGCCCCAGUCCUUGGUGGUCUCUGUCACCUCCAGCUCUCCUUCCCGCCGCCCCAGAUAGGCAGCAGCUCUCAGAGGGGCAGCCAGGGCGGGCCCGUGCCCACUGCCCAGGGCUGGCUGCCUGGCUCUGCCCUCAACAGGAGGCCACCAGAGCAGCUCCUGCUGCAAACAGAGGCCGAGCCACACUUUGGCUGCUUGCUCCCUGAGGGAUCUGGAUCUGGCAUCGGAAGCCCAACACGGCUGAAAGGGAAGCCCUGGUGCUGCUGCCUGCCCAGGCCUCCUUCCUCCCUCCCCGCCAUGCAGCAGCAUCCUACUUCUCUCCACCAAGGAGAGAAGUCUGGUCUGAAUUCACACCUUUUACCUGGGCGGCUCCCAAGACCAGCAGAAUGCUUCCUUCCUGUAGCACUAGUUACCUCUGCCUAUUUGGAGCCCUGUGGCAACCACCGCUCCCCUGACAGCUCAUGCUUGUCAGGCUGCCUCUGUCUGUGUCCUUCCCAGGUUUCACAGCAACCUGAAGUCACCUAUUCUGCAUUAGUGGUAUGA